AUGCAGCAACCCCCGGACGAGCCGGACGCCACGAAUCAGGCGCACGGGAAUGAUCCACAGGGCGCGCGAGACAAUGUCCAUCGUGCGCAAGAAGGAUCACGUCGCCGGUACCCACCAACGAUGACCCUAUCUUCUAAUAGUAAAAGAUGGCACCCUAAUCGAUUUCUUGCCGAUCGGGAACCUUCCAGCAGUUCUCAGUCAUCCACAGGAUCACAACCUGGUCCACAACCGGAUAUAUCAUUCUCAGAACCAACCACCUUACGCGAACCAGCCAUUUACAUUGUAUCUCAGAUACUACGAAACAGGAUGACGCUCUUUUUGGCACCCGAUCAAAGUGACGAUAUUCUACGCAACUCACCUGCCGUGACGUCAAUCAAUUAA